AUGCCAGCCGAUUUUAGGGCCGACCACCUGCACAUCGACCUGUCUUCGACUCUGCACCAAGUCAUCCGCCGAGCUCGCACCAAGCAGUACUUCCACCUCCUGCUGCACCGCCGCCUGGAUGAAAUUCUGGCGACGACUCGGCCAACGCAGCGUGUGGUGCUGGCAUUAGACGGUCCAGCGCCACUGGCAAAGCUGCUGGAGCAAAGGCGGCGGCGGCGCCGGGAGUCUGAGAAGGUACAGCGCAAUGCAGCGGCGGCGGCCGAGGCGGCCGAGGCGGUGGCGGCUGCGGGCGAGGCUGCCGAGGGCGGCGCUGGUGGCGGUUUGCGGGGCGCGGCAGGCCCUGCGCCCUCCUCCCCCCCCUCCAAAGUUGUGUCCACGGUGGAGGCUCUGGCGCUGGCCCAGUUCCGGCCACCCAACCCCGAGCUUUCCACCCUGGCCCUCACCACCGGCAGCAUCCUGAUGCUAGAGGUCCACUCCUCGCUCUCCGCCUACAUCUGCAAGAAGCUGGCAGACCCGGCCACCGCGCACCUCAGCUUUGAGCUGUCAGAUUCCACGGUGAAGGGCGAGGGGGAGCUCAAGAUUCUGUCCCGCCUGCUGCACCCCGGCCACGCCGGCGAGGAGGGACCCGGCGCCUGCGGUGGUGGUGACCAGCAGCAGCGGGACGAGACGCAUCUGGUGCUGGGCGCCGACUCGGACCUGAUUCUGAUGGCGCUGGUGGCGGGGCAGAAGGGAGUCUACAUCCUGCCCGACCUCCCAGAUGACGGCCAGCACCGCCACCGCCGGCAUCACCACCCGCGCAGCCGCGACGGCAGCCGCUGGCAGCCCGCGCCCGGGUUCAAGCGUGCUGCAGGCGCCGCCGCGCUUGCUGGCUCUUCCUUGGACAGCGUGGGCGGCAGCGUAGACACAUCUAGCUCCGAGACGGAGACCGAUUCGGACCUGAGCGGGCCAGAGUCGGAAGGGGAGGAGGAGGGCGCGAGCGCCGCCGAGGAGGCGGCCGCUGCGCUGGCUGCAGCCGCCGCCGCGGAGCCGCCGCCGCCGCCGCCGGCGCUGGUGUUCAGCCGCGACGCCGCGGAGCGGCUGUGGCGGGAGCAGCACCUGGGGGGCGGCGGGCAGGGGCGGGAGGUGACGGGCCUGGCGCUCGACCUGAUGCUGCUGGCGGUGAUGUGCAGCGGCGACGACUACCUGCCCGCCAUCCAGGGCAUGCAGCUGAGCAACAAGCACCGGCCUGGUGUGUGGGACCUGUACACCAGCAUGCGGCAGGAGCCGCAGUGGCAGGGCCAGACGCUGGUGCAGCGCAGCUGCGAGUGCCGCGGCGGCCGCGGGCGCGGCGCCCGCGACUGCCCCACCGUGCGCCUCAACGCCGGCAUGGUGUGCGCGCUGCUGGCAGAGUACCACCGCCAGCGCUUUGUGUUCAUGGAAGGCCCUGGGGCGGCGGCAGGGGCGCCCGGCAGCGCCAGCUUGGCAGGCGGCGACCCGGCGCUCGCCAGCGGCGGCAGCAGCAUGCUGGGCGGCGGCGGCGCUGCGGGCCUGGCUGGCGGCGGCGGCGGGGCUGUCGGUGCCACUGCUGUCGUGUGGGACGAGGAGGGGCUGGCGGCGGCGGCGGCCCUGGCCACCAGCAGCGCCGCGGGCGACGAGGCGCUGGGCGGCGGCGGCGGCGGCCGGCGGCGCCCCAACAUCACGCUUCGGGGCAUGGAGGCGCAUCCCGAGGCUUACGUGCAGGGCCUGGAGUGGGUGCUGGGCAUGUACUGCAGCGGGGCGAUACGCGACUACCGCUUUGCAUACGACCUAGCAGCCCCCUCCCUGCUGCAAGUGGUGCAGCUGCUGCAGGCGCAGCAGGAGGGGCAGCAGCAGGAGCAGGAGCAGCAGCAGCGGCAAGAGCAGGGCGGCAGCGGAGCCGGCGCCGGCGCCGGCCGCGAGGCGGCCGCAGGCGAGGGGCAGCAGGGGCAGCAGGGCAAGGUCUCUGCCGCUGCGGCGGCCAAGCUGGGGCGGCGCAAGAUGCAGCCGCUGCUGCCGGCGGCGUGCGCCAUGGCGCUGCUGCCCCGCGGGGGGCGCAUCCACGCAGCCACCGCCCUGCGCCACCUCAUGGACGAGGGGUCUGAGCUGGAGGAAAUCUACGCCACCUGCGACACAUGCGGCCAGCUGGGGCAGCAGCUGGGCAGCAUGGCUCGGGAGGUGGAUGGUGUGCGUGGAGAGCUGGCGGCGGCGCAGCUGGACCUCGCGGCGGCGCAGGCCGAGGCGGGCGCGGGGCGCGCGGGCGCGGCGGCCGCGGCGGCGGCCCUGCAGGCGCAGGUGGAGCGGCUGGAAGCUGAGAUGGCGCGCCUCAAGCUCCUGCACUCCAACCUCUCCCGCACCCAGCAGGAGCACUUGAGCGAGUUCCACCCCUACAAGCCCUUCCCCACCGACCAGCUGGAGGCGGCGGUGGCGGCGGUACCGCUGGCCGACUAUCCGAUGCGAGAGCGCAAGCUGGCCAAGUUUGGGCGCGAGUUUGUGUACAGCCGCAGGAUGGGCGGCGAGGCGGAGGCGGAGGAGGAGGGCAGCUUUGCGGCGGAGAUGGGCGUGGGCGGCGGCACAUGGCGGCGGCGCCAGCAGGGCGGGCGGCGCCGCGAGGUGGCGGCGGCCGCCGCCUCGCCCGCCAGCAGCGACAGCUUGGGCAGCGGCGCCAGCCUGGAUGGCAACGAUGCGGAGAGCGAGGAGGAGGGGGAGGGUGCUGGCAGCGCGGUGCUGCUGGCCAAGCCGGUGCGCCUGCGGGGGCCGCAGCCGCGGCCGCUGCGCGAGCCGCGGGCGCCCUGGGCGCUGCAGCAGCCGCUGCAGCCCUGGCUGGAGGAGUGCAUGACGUUUGCGGCUGCAUACCCGCGGGUGGCAGACCCGUUCCUCAUCCGGCGCAGCAGCUGGGGCGUGCAGCGCGACGUGCUGCCGCUGCGCCCCUACAUGCAGCCCCCACGCAUGCAGCGCAACCCGGAUGGCAGCUCCAGCAAGCCAUCGGCGGUGCUCAAUCCCUGCCAGCUGCUGCGCUGGGCUCCCCGCCGCAGCGGCACCACCGGCGGCGGCGUCACACGGCGGCAGGCCAAGCACCACGUGUUGCUGCAGGACCAGCGGGCGCCGGUGCACACGCUGGUGGCGCCAGCCGGCGGCAGGGCUCCUGCGCGGGCGCUGCUGCAGGGCUGCACCCGCCUCCUGCACAGGCUGCCGCGCGUGCUGCGCGUGUUGUAG